AUGACCUCGUCGGAUCAUGAUAUCGAGAAGAAGGCGGAGGUGGUCGUCGCCCCCGCCGGCGAGACACUCGCUCCCUAUGAGACCUCCAACGGUGCGAUCGUGGAGGAGAUUCAGCCAUUGAAGCGUGCGCUCAAGGGACGCCAUAUGCAAAUGAUUGCUAUCGGAGGUGCUAUCGGUGCUGGUCUCUUUGUCGGUACUGGAGGUGCUUUGGCAUCGGGUGGUCCUGGUGCUCUGCUUAUCGGUUACCUGAUUGUGGGAUUCAUGCUUCUGUUGACGAUUCAAGCCCUCGGAGAGUUGGCCGUUCUCUAUCCGGUCAACGGUGCCUUCUUCCAAUACUGCGUCCGCUUCAUCGAUCCGGCCUGGGGUUUCGCUGUCGGAUGGGAUUACGCCAUCGGAUGGCUGAUUAUUCUCCCAUUCGAGAUCACUGCAGCCGGUAUCACCAUCGAGUUCUGGCGACAAGAUAUCAACAUCGGCGUCUGGGUUGCCGUUUUCUUGUUUGUACUGUCUUUCAUCCAGAUUUUUGGUGUCAGAGGAUAUGGUGAAGUUGAGUUUGUCCUCAGUUUGAUCAAGGUCACGGCAUUGCUGGGAUUCAUUAUCCUGGGUAUUGUCAUCGACUGUGGUGGCGCGCCCAAGGGCGAGUACAUUGGCGCUCGCUACUGGCAUGAUCCCGGUGCCUUCACCACCUUCAAAGGCUUCUGCUCCGUCUUCGUGACUGCGGCCUUUGCCUUCGGAGGCACUGAAAUGAGUGGUCUGGCUGCUGCUGAGGCCGCUAACCCAGCCAAGUCGAUCCCUAAGGCCACCAAGCAGGUCUUCUGGCGUAUCACCGUUUUCUACGUUCUCGGGACUUUCAUCGUUGGCUUGAUCGUACCCUCCAAUGCCGAUUACCUGAUGAACGCGUCGGGUGCCCACACCGCUUUCUCUCCAUUCGUCAAGUCUAUUCAAGAUGCUGGUAUUGUUGGUCUGCCCUCGGUAAUGAACGCGGUCAUCACGAUCUCUGUUAUCUCCGUCGCCAACUCCGCCACCUUUGGCUCUAGCCGCACCAUUCAGGCUCUGGCUAGCCAGGGCAUGGCUCCUAAAUUCAUGGCCUAUAUCGAUAAGGCUGGUCGCCCUCUCUGGUGUAUCGUUCUCCAGAUUGCCUUCGGAUUCCUGGCAUUCAUCAACGAAGCCAGCUCUGGCUCCACGGUCUUCAACUGGCUCCUGGCUCUCUCCGGCAUCUCCAACUUCUUUAUCUGGGGCAGCAUCUGUUUCGCUCAUAUCCGUUUCCGUCAAGCAUGGAAGUAUAAUGGACGUGAUGUCAAAGAGUUGGCCUUUACGGCGCCCUUUGGUGUGAUUGGUAGCUGGGUCGGUCUGGGACUGAAUGUACUUUGUCUGAUCGCCGAAUUCUACGUCUCUGUGGCGCCCAAGGACAUUCAGAACUUCUUUGAGAACUAUCUCGCUCUACCCCUUGUCAUCGCCUUGUACCUGAUUUGGAAGAUCUACUCCAUCUUCUCUCAGGAUGCGACAGUCAAUCACCGAGGCUGGAAGUUGAUCUACAGCGUUGAUGAGAUUGACGUGCUAAGUGACAUGCGCGAUACCGCUUUGGAUGUUGACUUGGAACCCAGAAAGGAGUAUGCCACGUGGGGAGAAUGGUUGAAGGCCGCCCCUGUGAGAGUUGUUCGCUCCAUUUUCUAG